AAUCCAGACAAGACUGCCAUUGUGAGGCCAUUUUCCUGCCACCUUAAAUCAUCACAUACGCCUUCAGAUGCUUCCACAAAAUAUCUCACAAUCAAAAACCUAUCCAAAAUCCCUUCCGAGCAAUCAUGUCUAGAUUCCUUGUACAUAUUACAUAUUUACAUAUAAAAUUUAUAUAUAUCAUACAUGCCACCGGGACUUUAAGCAUCGUUUCCACUGACAGUUGACAGUUGACAGUUGACCCCAUCCUUCCGGAGCCAUGGAAGCCUCUGCAGCUCUAAGUUCAGGCACAAGGACUCUGUUCUUAAGCGGGCCAUCAAAGCUAUUUCCCAGCAAGAAAUGGGAUCCUCGCUCUGGGUCUUGCUGUUAUCUGAAUUCCAAGUCCAGGGUUGCCUUGUCCGUCACCCCUGCUCGGUGUCGAAGCAGUAUCGCCUCUUCAUCGGCUCAAACUUCGUCCCCGGCCGUUCAUGUUUCGCAGGAAAAGCUUGAACGUGUAGAGACGUCCAUAGAGAAGGUAAUUUAUGGGUGUCGCUUCUUUGCUAUCCUUGCGGUCUGGGGUUCCCUGAUUGGAUCUUUUCUUUGCUUUAUCAAGGGUUGCGUUUGUGUUGUUGGAGCAUUCCAAUCAUAUUUUGUGACCCGUGCAAAGGUUAUUCUAUUGCUCGUUGAGGCUGUUGAUAUAUAUCUGUUAGGUACAGUAAUGCUAGUUUUUGGCAUGGGGCUUUAUGAGCUCUUUAUCAGCAAUCUUGACAAGGCAAAUUCAGCAUCAAAGGAUAGAUUGGCAUACAGAUCAAAUCUCUUUGGCAUAUUCACUCUAAAGGAACGACCAAGAUGGUUGGAGAUAAAAACUGUCAACGAGCUGAAAACUAAAAUUGGACACGUAAUAGUGAUGCUUCUUCUCAUCGGUUUGUUUGACAAGAGCAAAAAGGCUGUUAUACACUCGCCUGCAGAUCUGCUUUGCUUCUCAGCAUCAGUGCUGCUUUCCUCUGGCUGCUUAUAUCUGCUUUCUAGACUCAAUGAGUAAAUUAGGAACCACAAACAAAUUAAUCAAGUAUAGCUGCAACCCGCAAAAUUGAAAAAACAAAAAGAGGAAGGGAGAAAAGGAGGGGGAAGAACACCAAAGAUGAGAAAGAGAUUAAGUAAAAUAUAUAAAUACUCCUUAAUAUGUUGAGAGCUAGAUCCUUAUAUUUGAAUCGAAGGAUGCAGCACAGCUCUCAAUAUAGUUAUGAGUUUUUAUGUAUUAGGCACCUGGAGGCUGGUCGCUACCCCCUUCAUGACCCAUUCCAGGGCUAUGCCCUGGACUUGUUGGACUGUAAAGUGCUACGUCAUACCCGGAAUGGUUGUUUGAGAAGCUGUCACUUGAUGUUGGUCUAGGCUUGUGUCGCAUAACCUUAACAGGGGCUGGAAGAUGGAAUUUUGAUGGCCUCAAUGCUUCAGCCAACUCUAAGUGCUGCUGAUGAAUAAGCAGCACAAUUACAUAAAAUACCAGAACAUGGAUUCUUGGAUGUGAAGCCAUCAAAGACAUUUGAUAAGAGAAGUUGGAUUGUAAACAUGAACCGAGGGAAAUGAACUUGAUGGUAGCAAUGAGCCAGGCUGGUGUAUAUAUAGGAUGUUGUGUGAAGAUUUAAGAGUAGUGCUUUGCCAGCAAUCAAUUUAAUUGAAGUGCCCAACAAGCAAAUAUUUCCAUUUUGGGUAUGAAUAACACUUCUCAGCCUACAACAUUUCCAAAGAGCUCUGCCACUGCCACAAGUUGAUAUUCUCAUACACCUUUUAAUUAGAUAAAAGCUUUUAGUACAGCAUUUGAUAAGACAUCACAAUACAACAAUCCCCUUGGUAUUUCUUGUUUUAUUUUAGAGCAGCCUUGUGUGGGAGAGAGCUUCUUGAAGACGGAAGUUUGCUGCAAGUUGGAUACAAAAUAAAAGUAAAAAUAAAUGAAAAUGGUUUUUCCACUAAACUUUAUAAGGAUUUGCUGUCUGCUGUCCAUAUUUUCCCUGAUCAUCUUGUUCUUAGUAUAUAUAGUUCUGCACUACAUGUAUCAAUUCUGUGUACAGUGUGGAGCCAUCUUCUACAAAGUGAUUUCCUUUGUUAUUGAGCAGUGAGAAAUAUCGUUUAUA